CACGCUUCAAUUUGGCAUUUAAAUGUUGGAAUUGUCACUUUUUUCACUUUUUGGUUUAAAUUGAUUCAAUCAAUCAUGUUGUAAUGAGUGAUACUGAUACAGAUGAUACAGAUCUGUUGCUGUUAAUACCGCCCAACUACUAUACACCUCGGCAGGACACGAUGAGUGCGGCUGCCGAGGCAGAUGCACUUGCUAUGCCGCCGCCGCCGCUGCCGCCGCCAGCGUCUACAACAGCUGCGUAUCAGUUUCUGAUGCCUGACAAAAAGUCGGAAUUGAAUCAGAUAAAUGCGCGCUUGCAAAACCUGGAGCUGGAGCGCCAGGAGGAGCAGCGACGCUUUGAUGCGCCUUCGGAUUUAUCCACGAUUUCAUCGAGUACAGUGCGCAGUGCCUUGGGCACUCGACCGCAACGAGAGCUGCACGGCAUGGCACACUCGACGCCCAAGGGUGGUAAUCGGCUGGAGGAGAACAUACUGCAGGAAAUCGAUAACUAUCUGGACGAUAACCAUGCCUGGCACCAGAACCAGCAGCAGCGCCAAGCCCAGCAUCAGUACCAGCAGCAACACCAGCAGCAACAUCAGCAGCAGUAUCAACAGCUGCAGCAGCAUUACAGCGAUGAUCAUUUACGCGUGCGUGGCUAUUCGACGCCGGCGCAUGACUCGCAGCCAACGGCCACGUCGUUGCCUAGCAUUCGACUGGGCGCGUCACCUUCGAUAGCCAACGACAAACUCAUUAGUCUAAGUGAGCUGUGGGGCAAAAGCCAUCUGGCAGGCACUGUCAUAGCAAACAAUAUGUCUGGACAACAGGGCAUACCUGCUCUCAAGGAAGAGCAGCUGCGCCGCCAGCACCUGGAGAAGAUGGUACAAGCACUGCAGGCACAGAUGCUGGAGUAUCAGCAGCGCAUCUCGGUGGCCAUCGAGGUGGAUCGAUCCAAGGACUGCGCCCUCCAGCAGGCGGAACAGCAACUGAACACGCUCAACUUUGAGGUUCAAAAUAUGCGCGACUCGGUGCAUAAACUGGAGACGGAGCGGAACGACGCCCAUAGCAAACGCGAGUCGUUGCAGCAUGAGUUGUCCCAGGCUGUGGGCUUGGCUACCAAGUUUCAGGAGAAGACAGACAAACUGGAGGCCGAGCUGGAGCGGGCCAAGCGUCAGGCAAGCGAGACAGCGCAGAAACUCGAGCAAGCUGAAUUGCAGUUGCAGAGCAGCAAGCGUUCCGAAGAGCUGUCGCAUGCCGAGCAGAAUAAGCUGCGUGAUAAGUUCGCCAAGGCUGAUUAUCAGGUGGAGAAGCUCAAAGCGCGCAUCGAAGAACUAGAAAAAGAGAAGUCCACGCUGCAACACCAAAAGGAAAUGCUGCAGGAAUAUCAUCAGAAGCAAAAGACGCGCGCAGACAAUCUGGAACUGCAGCGCAAAUCCUUGCAAGAGGCGCUGGCAAAUCUUACCGACACUGAGACAAAUCUCAAGAAAAAGAUGGAAAUUCAGCAGAAAUCCUUGAAGCAACAUUACCAGCAGCAAAUGGAGAAUGUGGUGGCCAAAAAGCUGCAAGAGUUUCAAGUCCAGCUGGACAAAUCGGAGGAGAACCUGAAGGCAGAGGCACGCGAGCGCGAACGUCUGAUAGCCGAUCGAGCAGUCAAGCAGCUGGAGAUGAUCAAUGAGAAGAACAACCAAGAGUUGAAUCUCGUACAGGAGAAGCACAAUGAGGAGGUGGAACUUUACCGUCUGCAGCUGGCAAAUGCAUCAAAGAAAAUAGACGAACUAGAACUUCAACUCAGCUGCUACAAGACUAAGCGUGCGGAUAUUGCGGAAAAGCUGCAUGGUGUAAUGGAGGCACAGUGGCAACAGGCACUGGCCAUACUUACCUCGCCCAAUCAGACGUUUCAGUUGCCAAGUGGCGAGACGACGGAGAGCGAGUCACCGGAUCUAAACAAUGCGCGUCACUAUCCCGACACGCCCAAAUCAAGCAAAACUCAAGCCAGCAACAACACCGAGAAGAAUAAUCUGGACACGGCAGCCAAGAAGGAUCCGCCAUCGCCCGUGGACAAGCUGCAAUCAUACAUUGAGCUGCUGUUGAGUAAAUCGCCAAGUGAUCUUGAUAAGCUCGAUAAGAUUCUAUCCAUGAACACCAAACCAAACGCCAAACCACAGAAGCGUAACUCCAACACCGGCUCCAAGCCGCCGCCCUGGAAGUCCUGAUAAUUAUAUAUAUUUAUAGUUCAUUUGUAUUAAAUAGUUCGAUAGUCUGAUCUUUCAUGUAGCCACAUGUAUGUGAAAUAUUUUCGUAAACCACUUUACUUGGAAGUUGUGAAAGUAAAUUGUCUUAUGUUUGCGAAACAAA